AUGUACAACACGGGACGACACGUGUCUCUGCGGCUGGACAAAGAGCACCUGGUGAACAUCUCUGGAGGACCCAUGACCUACAGCCACCGCCUGGAGGAGAUCCGGCUACACUUCGGGAGCGAGGACGGCCAGGGCUCCGAACACCUGCUCAACGGGCAAGCCUUCUCCGGAGAGGUCCAACUGAUCCAUUACAACAACGAGCUGUACACAAACUACACGGAAGCAGCGAAGAGCCCCAAUGGCCUGGUCAUCGUCUCCAUAUUCAUGAAGAUCGCUGAAUCGUCCAACUCCUUUCUCAACCGUAUGCUGAACAGAGACACCAUCACCAGAAUAACCUAUAAGAAUGACGCGUAUUUGCUGACAAGCCUGAACAUCGAGGAAAUCUACCCAGACACCAACAGUUUCAUCACGUACGACGGCUCCAUGACUAUCCCCCCGUGCUUCGAGACCGCUACCUGGAUUCUCAUGAACAAGCCGGUCUACCUGACACGCAUGCAGAUGCACUCUCUGCGCCUGCUGAGUCAGAACCAGCCGUCACAGAUCUUCCUGAGCAUGAGUGAUAACGUGCGCCCGGUUCAGCCGCUCAACAACCGCUGCAUUCGGACCAACAUCAACUUCAGCCUCCAGGGGAAGGACUGCCCCAACAACCGCGCUCAGAAGCUGCAGUACCGCGUGAACGAAUGGUUGUUGAAGUAG